UUCUGGAGGCUGGUGCUGUUGUGAUGUUACAAGGAAUGGUAUACUUAUUGAAUCAACAAUGCAAUUUGGUGUAUUUGAUUCCACUCCAUUCUCGAGGCUACUGCAACCAGAGGCUGCAAAUUCUCCAAUCCAAGUACUGCUACAAUACGAUUUAACACCACAACUUACAAUUCCCUACGAUGUCUUGAGUGUGACGUCAGUUGUUGAUAAGUUUGAAAACACAUCUGCACAAUUAGCCGAGCUUGCUGAAGAACUGCCAUCAGUAAUAAACAACAUGGCUAUCACGAUCAGUUUUAGAGCAAAGCUGUUUCAAAAUUUGGUAUUUGCUUAUCACAGAGCCACAAUGGAAGAUGAUGUAUUAGUAAUCGCAGGUGUGUUGUCAAAUAUAACUGCUAAUUGCAAAUUUACUUUGAAUGAUUUAUGGGCUGUGAAAGACGAACUCGUUUAUAGAAAGCAGAACCAUCAGUUUUUGUUUCCAUCCUAUUUGAAAGAGAAUAUCGAUGAUGCUAUAGCGUCAUUAGAGUUCAACAGAAAUGCAUUAUACAUUCAGAUACAAUCAACGUUCGUCAAUGAAACUAUCAGUGGUACUGGUUUCUUCAUCACAUGCAAAGUGUGUUUUUCGGAAAGUUUAUGCAUGCCUGCCUUGGGAAUGAAAGUUUUUGAUUCUGUAUCGAAGAGAAAUUGUGGCGACACUGUUUAUUCUUUUCCUAUUGAUAAUUAUAGCGACCCAAUCUGGCUUAAAGGAGAGUAUAAAAAUAGACUAACACUGAACAGUUUUAUUACAAUCCCUGAUAAUUCCCAAAUUUUAGUUGCAAUGAGUUCUACUGAAGAACGUUUUUUAGGGAAAGUAGGUGUUAGUGUGAAUCUGCUCGGCAUUAACGAAGUUACAGUGAUGUGUAUAGAAAAAGACGGUAUUUACUUUGGCUUGUCGGGUAGACUUUGGGGGGUUUACGAUUGUAAAAUAAAUAUCACUUCAGACUUGACCUCAUGGGAUUCAAUGAUACUAAACGCGGAAGGAGAUGUUGAUGUAGAGAAUGAAAAUUCAUUAGGAGCUAUUUUAAAAGAUAAAACCAUUACUACAGCACAAAGAAAUCUGCACAUGGCGGAGCAAAGAAUAACACAGGGAAUUUCGACUGUAGAAAUGGCACAAAGCAAGUUAGAUAAUGUUAUGAUUGAGCAACAGAUGAAAGAAUCCCAAAUGAUUCAGUCUCAAUUAAAGUAUGAAAUGUCUGUGUGUAAUUUAGAGGCGGCAGAUGCCGAGGUAGAGCGGACACAGGCAUCAUUUGAAGAAACAACUGAUGAUAUACUUGAACUACAAGACCAAUUGGAUUCGGUAUGUGCGAUUGUACCGUGUCCUGGUAUAUGUAUCCCAACGACAGAAGUCAUACAAACAAAAGAGGAAGUUUAUUCUUAUGUUCCCUACACAUGUUGUACUAAUAGAAAAAAACAAACUACUGUUUAUGAAACAACCAGUUGUUGUUAUAGUUGUAGGGCUUGUACUUCGAAGAAGAGAAGAUUCAAAGCCUGUAGGUUGUUCGUUGGCGGCGUUGCUUCAAUAGCUUCUGGGCAGGUGGUGAGAGGAACGGUCAAAGUUGUACGUUCAGGAAGGACAGGCAGACGCACAAAAUGUACGAAUUCCGAAUGUUGUUAUGUAUGCUAUAAACCAGUAGUUAUUGAAGUUAUGUUCACAUCGUGUAGUACGUGCACGAAAAAGACGAUGAUUGGUCAAAUAACAAAACCAAAGGUAGUGCAGAACACGUGUGGCUACCAGAUACCUGAUUCCAAUUGUGUAAGAAGCAACGAAAAUUGUCGGAAAGUAAGGAAUAAAUUAUACAAACAGUCAGAAGCAUCGGCACCUGGCUUGGUGUCUCCAAUAACAGAGAUUGAAAACGCUAAAUUGAAUGCAACAAUAAUGGAGUCGAGAUUGAAUGAAGCUCGGAUCGAACUUGAAGAUGCGAGUAGUCAAUUGGAAGCAGUGAAUGAAAGGGUGUAUGUGUUGCAAGAAAAUCUAAAUAAUUCAAAGACUGGCCUUGAAAAAGUCCAAAAUGAUGUUCAAUCUGAUCUGAAUAUUAAACAAUUUGAAAUUAAUGGAUCAUUAAGCAACAGUUUUUUUAUUAACAAAAUCGGAUUUAAUAUCGAUUUGACGGUAACAGAUAUGAAGACAAUUCCCAUGGAUAUAAGUCACACACUAUUGAACGUUUCCGGCAUUAUUCGAAUUUUGAUUGACUUUAAUAAUCUAAACUACACUAUCGAAAAUGCUGCAAAGUUUUUAGCUAAUGAAAUAUUUCGUAACGUUAGUAAUCCAUUAAGAAAGAAACAAGAAGUUUACCUUGCUGAUUCAGGUUAUUUUCAUCAUCAAAAACGAGACACUUCGCCCAUUAUCAGUCAACCACCAAUCGAUAUUGUUAACUAUGAUUUUAUCAACAAAACGGACAAUGUCAAUGUAACAGAUAAUAUACAGCGUGACCAGAAAGAGGUUUCUACUGAAGAACAAUGCCACAUUUUUACUGAAUUUGUGAAGUACAUCGAAUAUUCCUUCCAUACGUUGUUGAAUAUUGCAAACUCGUCAAUCCCCGAACACUUUGAACAGUCUGAAGCUGUCCUUGAAGAAUAUGCAUACAACUUGUCGAAGUCGUCUCCAAUUAGUGCAAACGAAAGUGCUGCAAUCAUUUUUUUCAACUUAACAAAAGAAGAGCUAGAGGAAACGGAUGAUAUACCAUCCGACGAGUCCGAAUCCGAUGCAUUGUCGAGCGUUAUUUAUGCAGAAAAAAUGAAGGUUAACAGUACGAUGUCUGUGCUUGAAACUGACGAUAUUUUUUCUAAAUGGGAGGCCACAAUGAACAGAUACAUUACCAGUUAUACUGUAAUGUUUGAAUGUAAAAUAUUUACUGAUUGUUUAAUCACAGAUAUAGAACAUUUAAAUAAUAUGCUGGAGGGUCGACAGGGUUACAAUGAAUUUUUGACUAUGGCAAAAUUCAUUCAAUCACUCUUAAACAAAGGGGAACUAAGUGUGGAGGAUGCUGAAAAUAGCGCAUUGUUUGUUCUCAAAUAUACAAACUUGCUAACUGAGGAUAAUGACCAGUGUCUUGAAAGUCCUGUCAUUACAAGGCACCCAGUGUCGGAGCUUGUUACUGUAGUAGGAAAUAAUAUAGAGAUAACGUGUCAAGCGACUGGAGAUCCUGCACCAACGUUCAGUUGGACAUUCAAUGGCCGAAUUUUAGACGAUGAAAUUGCAAACACUCUAAACAUUCAGGAAGUUUCAAAAUCUGAUUCUGGAGUUUACGUGUGCCAUGCCAGUAAUGAAGUCACGUCUGUGCAGUCACUACAAAGUAAACUCAUUGUAGAAUAUCCACCAGUUAUAACUCGACAUCCAGAAGAUAGCGACAUUGAUUAUGGAAAUCCUGAGGGUGUGUUCUUCGUAUGUAAUGCUUCCUCUCUUCCUUUGGCCGACUUCAGAUGGUUUUUUCAAGAAACAUUAACAUCAAAUUUGGCCCUCGUCGAAGGUAAGAAUGACACAGGCCUUGAGUUACUGAGUCCAGGUUUUCACCAGAGCGGCUGGUACACUUGUGAAGCAUCAAACAAACAUGGAUUAAUGAUGUCUAAGCCAGCAAGACUUACGAUAUUGAACAUAACAAUGCCAGGCGUUUCAAGUCCUAUGGAACUAACAUUGUUAGAAAUAGAAAAUUCAACGUAUCCUAAUCAGUCUGUUGCAAGUGCAAUUGAAUAUGUCAUAGGAAGUGACGAAGAAGGAUUCAACGUGCUUUAUCACACGAAAGGACACCCAGGGAAAGAAUCAUUUCUUACUGAACUAUCAUUUACCCUUGAGCACACCAAUGUAACGUCUUUCAAUCUUUUCAAUUCAAGUAGGGAGGAGGCUGCAUACCAAAUGGCCGAGAACAUAGAAAGCCUUCAAGCCAAAGCUCUGGCACUUGAAAAUCUUUUUAAAACCGGAGCAGUAUUUGAGCAGGAUGGUAAAACAAUGGAGGUUAUCAGCUUUACCUUUUAUUUUGAAGGACCAAUCUGCCCUACUUCACAGUAUGCAGAUGAGAAUGGAUACCUAUGUGUCGAGUGCCCGCCAGGAUCGUUUAGAAGUAAUGACCUUCUACCAGCAGUGUGUGAAAUGUGCCCAGAAGGAACUUACCAACCGGACGCUGGUCAGCCAAGCUGCCUCGAAUGUCAGAGUACAACGGAUAUCGGUUCAAGAGACUGCCACCAAAAAUCCACUGAAGAGCCCGAUGUAACUACAAUACACCAACCUGCUGUGACUAUGACAAUACACCAACCUGCUGUGACUACGACAAUACACCUCAACAAACCAACGGUCAACAGCGUUGUUGGCCCACCUACAGUGCUUAUUGCUUCUGUUGGAUCUGUCGCAUUCGUUUUCAUUUCCGUGAUUGUCAUCGUAUUCAUUGUCAUUCAUUUUAAGAAGAAAGCCAAGUUCGAAGAAGAAGCUAUGUUAUCUGAUGAAAUUCUAGAGCCUAUAAAACGCGAAGAAAAUAUAUACUCGAACGGACUAGACGGUGUUUACGCGACGGAUUCCCUGUAGUAUUGUACCUUCGAUGUCAUUGCUGUUUAAAAUAUUAAGGACUACUGAUUAGACAUCAGAAAUUUUCAUUUGCUUUCAAUAGAAUCAAAGAAACAUUGUACAGUAUACUCGAGUUGAAACACAACUAAAAACGUCAGAAUAAAUCUUAAAGGAACAGAUUAUUAUUCAUAUGUAGUUUGCAAUUUAGCCUUUUUGUACCUACAAUAAUUAUAGUUACAGGCUUUUAUGCAAAAUAUAUUGUUCAUUUACGUAUUUAAACGAUAUGUGUGUGUGUGUGUAGUUCGUACCCAAAAUCUUAAAAUAUUGGAUGGGCGUUUUUGCAAACAAAUAUUUUCAAUAUUUAGAUAAUAUAUUUGAUAAACAUAAACCUUCAUUUUAGCUCUAAUGGUUACCAUUAUAUCAACCAACCAAAUACAUUGGGAGAGCGGAUUUUUAACUGUAUUAUUAUUGUUAGCAUUUGUAUAGGUACCCUUUUAAAAUUUAUUGGGAAAAUGCUAUUCUUUUAGGUCACAUAACAGCGUUUCUAUUUUAAGUUAAUGCCUAUACUUGUUUUCAAACAGUGGAAUGUUUAGAUUUAUACCAUAAUGUUGUUGUAAGAUAUACGAUAUUCAUUGUGGACAUAUUAUAAAAUAUUGUUCUAAUGAGAGUUCACCUAACAUACUGUUUUCAAGUCGUCAGAUCUGUUAAAGACCAUGUAAAUUACCACGUAUGAAUUGACAAUCUGUUUGGCGGCCCAUUUUUUGGUUGCGACCCACAGUUUGGGAAGCGUGGGUGUAUGAUUACAUGUCUCUAUAAGGAAGUGAAUUUUUACGGUAUGUACGUCACUAAAAUCACUAAUUUGAAUAAUUUUUUACAAUAUAUCGGCAUUAUACAUCCGAGCUGAACGAAUUGCUUUUGACCAGAGGCGUCUUUUGAACAAAAUAGUUCAACAAAACGUGCUUGCCGAUAUUUCAAUUGCUUUAGAAAUAGGCUUUCAAAAAGUAUUUCUUGUAGCGCAAAAUACCGUGGCAUGAAGCUACGUAAAUACCUGAAGGAAAUUACAUUGAAUGAAUUCAAAUGAUGCGAAAA